UUUCUCUGUUGACGUGGAAGCUAUGAUUGGAAAGCGGCUUCCAGUUGUCUAUAAGCUGAUGUGCUUCAUCGUUGUACCUGUCGUGCUGCUGGCAGCUAUGAUUCUAACCAUCGCUAGCUACAAGCCACCAGCAUACGGGAACUAUGAGUACCCAUCAAUCGCUGUCACCAUUGGUUGGUGUAUUGCUGUAGUGUCAGUAGUUCCUAUCCCUGUUACCAUGGUGAUAUAUAUUCUGAUGCAGAGCGGCUCCUUCGCUAAGCGUGUGAAGACAGCCAUAACACCAAGCCCUGAAUGGCGACGAUGCAGACUGCGAUAUGGUAUUACGGAGGACGGAGACGUGUCGAACAACUUGAAGGAAAACAUUCUGCAUGUUUUCAAUCGAUAAUAGAAGGAACACAUUUCAACGUCACUUAUAUACCACUUUCAACACCACUUCAUACUUCCUUCAUUCAACAUUUUCAACAUUCCGUUCUUCAGUUUGAAUUAAUAUACGAUUCGAUUUCAUAUCACAAUUAUCAUUACCUAUAUUUAAAAUUAUCUCAAGCUUAAGAACAUUAAGGAAAUAACACUAUAUAGUUUAUCCAACGCAUCGGCUUAGAUUACUGAUCAAAGGAUUUGUUAAAUCGGUUGUCAAUUCAUACUGCAUAACGAGACAGAACUGAGCGCAGUCUGGUUCCAUAAACAUAUAACGGGUUUUUCUUUCAAAUGUACAUGUAUAUUGACAAAUCUAUUUGAGUAAUGAUGAUAUAUCUGAUAUAUAAUAUUAUAUGUAUGAAUGAACACGUUGUUUAUUACGAUAAGUAGCGACAUUUCGGUGAAGGAACUUGCACCGUUAUCACGCAAGUGAUGUACAGAGUAACAUGUUUUGGGAUUUGUUCUUCUACACUUUGUUACUUUUGGUGAAAAAGUAGAAUUUUCCAUUAGGUUACGGUCACGGGUCGCCCAGUCGUCUCAGGCGCUGCGAUUCGCUGUGCA